AUGAAGAAACAGAAAAACAACAAAGCAACAGAUUUGGAGGAUAACUUCAGCAGCCUGCCAGACCGUUUACUCGUUUCCAUAUUCACUAAGUUGGCCAACUUAAAAUUUUUGUGCCGAUGCUCAAUUGUAUGCAAACGCUUUGCUUCUACAAUGUCUUGGAUUCAAAGUGUUUCUUUGAUUCUUCCUAGCAGUGAAGCUUUCUCCCUCGAGUCUACUCGAAACGAGUGUGAACUUUUUCAAAAGAUACUUUGCAUCAGAAGUGAAGAAAUCCCUGGAUAUAUUCGGUCUAAAUCGCUUGAAAAGCUGAACUUCAUCAUAUUCCUUCAGAAAUUCAAGAAACUCGAAUCCAUUUACCUGGAGUUUACAUAUCCCCAAAAAAUUGCUAAUUCCCCUUUUCUUUUGUGGAAGGCAAGAUGCGGAAGUGGCCGAGCUGAAAUUGAGAGCCUAGUUUGUCUUGUACCUGGUUCGGUACAUAAGAUGACUGAACAUCAACCUGAUGAAAAACAAGAAAACCAAGUGUAUACUUCCGAGGAUUCUCAGUUCCACAACUGUUUAGGAUUGUGCUGGAGUUGCACAGAAUGUAUACAUCUACUUUGCAUACUCAUCAAAUGCCUUCACUCACUCAAGUGUGUGACAGUUACAAAUUUUGAAAAGCAGGGGAAAUUGGUUCUGAAAGAAGAACAGCUUGUUAUGUGGAGAAAUAGCUUGCACAUAGGAAAUCGCUUUGACUGUGAAUUACCACUUUAUCUAAUGACUGCUUCCUUGAAAGUGUUGAAUUUGCCAUUGUCGGGAUACCGAAUGAAGAGGGUGUUUCUAGUGAUCAUCAAGUUUUUAGAACUAGCACGAGAGGAUUAUGAUGAUGACGAUGAUGAUUAUGAUGGGGGUUUAGAGGAUCUUGAAGAUUGGGAUAUUGCAGAAGAUAUUAAGACAUGGGAUUUUGAAGAGGAAGAGAAACUUCUUGGUGAAGCACUGCAAGAGAUCGCAGCGAAGCAUUGCAAACAGUUCUAUGUUGACCAUAUGCGAUUGAGAUCAGGAUCAGAUUCAUCGGACUAG